AUGUCUUCAGACGCAGUUGACACGCCGACGCCGCCAGAGGAGGUUAAAGAAGAGCCCCAGAAGGCGAAGGAACCCAAGGAAGCAGUAGAGGAGUCCAAGGAAAUGAAGUGCGAGUUAGCACUUCUAGACAAAAAGUACGAUUCCGACGGUCAUAAGGUAUACAAGAAGCGCAAGGCCAAGGAUGACACCGGUAGCUCGAAAUGGUGGAAGCUCUACGCUCUCACAGAAACACGGCACUUUAGAGAGAACGGCACCUACAAGUGUACCAGGCUGCACGUGAACCCUCAGCCUCUGAAGCAACUGCUUGAAGAUGUCAUUGUCGGAUUCCCAUAUGAUCCCAUUGAUGCUCAGGCUGACGUCGAAUUUGACUUACCUGCGCAUUGCCUCUUCUUCUACCGGAAGGAGCUGGAAGAGGUAGGAACAGAGCGCUUCAAAGAAGACGAGACAUCACUCCAGCACUUGAAGCUUCUUCUUGAUUGGAUUGACAGAGUACACGAGGAUGCUUUCAAGGCAUUUGAGCGUUUCCAAAGCAGCGAACAAAGACCUAUCAGCUACGAAUACCUCUGGACUAUAUUCAAACCGAGCAGUCUUGUCUACAACCGUGUGCUAGGCCAGGCACGCGCGUUCAAGCUUCGUGGCUUUUGGUAUGAAACCGAUAAUGAACCCGGCUUGUCCAUUAGAGUCCAGUUUGUCGAUUACGAUGGCGAGAAAUUUGGCACCCGCAAAGAACUAUUCUGUAUCCCUCAGUAUUCCGGCGUAAUGCGUUGCGAAGAUCUCAACAUUGUGCCCCUUGACUUCCACUCCUCGGCUGCGGACCUCCGCGCGCGAUUGUUGGAAAGAGGCCGUCAAUUCCAGAAGUUGACAGGACACAACUUCAUGCAUUACAAAGGAGUAGCUGUCAAGAAGGAUGGUGCGUCAUAUGUUCGAUACAAUCUGACAGGCCGUGUCGUUAUCGACUGCAAGAAUUAUAAGCGCUUCGAGCCGGGCGAUGAUUUCGAGCUAGAAGACUUGCCCCGCACCGAAGCAGCCAAGCGUCAGCGUGUCAUGCGUAGAUAUAACGACGGCAUUGACAUCGGCGAAGAGGAAAUUUUCGACGAACUCCUCGACGAAGAUCUGAUAAUGACCAAUGCGACGGUCCGUGGUUUCGCGUUCACCAUCAAGAAAUUCUUGGAGUUCUUCGUAGAAAAUCUCUCGGAGACCAAGUGGGAUGAAACUUGCUUCGACCAGUUGGUACUGAAUCCAACCACCAAGAAUACGGUACGGGCUAUGGUAUCCAUGCAUGUGCGCCGGGGCCAGGAUGGUCCUGGGUUUGACGAUAUCGUCGAAGGCAAGGGUAGAGGACUCGUAAUGGUCCUUCACGGUCCACCAGGAGUUGGAAAGACGCUAACUGCUGAGUGCGUCGCUGAAUCCGUGCAAAGGCCGCUCUAUAUGGUGUCGGCAGGCGAUUUAGGAACAAACAGUUACUCAUUGGAGACGGAGUUGGGUCGCAUCAUGGAUGUCACAACUACCUGGGGAGCCGUUUUGCUUAUUGACGAAGCCGACGUCUUUUUGGAACGCCGAAGCUUGCACGACUUGCAACGCAAUGCAAUGGUGACGGUCUUCUUACGAGUCCUUGAGUACUACCGUGGUAUUCUUUUCCUCACGACUAAUCGAGUUGCAACAUUUGACGACGCCUUCACAAGUCGUAUCCACGUCCCCCUCCGCUACACAAACUUGAGCGAAGAGUCGCGCCGAAUUAUCUGGCGUAACUUCUGCAACCGUGUUCCGGGCGGAGUGGAUCUCAACGACAAGGAACUGGCGCUUCUGGCCAAGCCCCAACUCAACGGCCGCCAGAUCAAGAACAUUGUCAAAGCGGCCGAGAGUCUUGCUGCUUUCGAGGGCCGUAAGCUCGAUGUCGCCCAGCUCCAAUCUUUCACACAAGUCCAGGGCGAGUUCGAAAGAGACUGGAUGGGGUACGUUGAUGUUGCCGAAUGA